AUGAUGCUAUCGCAACACUGGCGGAUCCCCGAGGCCCUUACAGAUCUGCCGUUCAUCUCCAGUUUUUAUGAGAUCUUCACAGACCAUCCCGGGAACCAUUCUCAACACCCCCAAAAGUACGGUCGUGUCAUCAAAACAACCAACACGGGGAAGACCACCUACUUAACCGACAGCCCUGAUGUUGCUCUGGUCGCCCUCACUGAGUCCGCUAAUUUCACCAAAAAGAUCGACGAGGACCAUCCGCUAUGGGAUAUCGAAGACAACAUCUCCAUUUUCAUCAAAAAUAGCGAAAAUGAGAACUGGCGCCUGACACAUAAGUUCCUCCCUCCCGUCAUGGACCCCAAAGCCAUGAAGCAUCACAGGACCUGGAACGUGUACCAGUUUAUGGCUAAGUUGGCAUCACAGACCGUGGCCAAGUUUGCGCUUGGCACAGUUCUCAAGCAGUUUGAGUCCAGCAAUACCCCCAGUCCACAGUGUGGUAACGAAAUUGUCAACCUGCUGGCCCUCAACAAGAUCGUCGUUGCGCGAGGGGAAUGGUACCACUUCCUGCCCUUCGGUAACUCCGCGCGGCUCGAGAUAGUGCAGAAGACAAUAUACGAGUAUCACCAGUGA